GGUUUCUUUUUUCAAUUAUCGAUUUUGGGCCCAACAUAAGCCCCGCCGAUAAUCUAAGCCUCAAGACAGAACCCUAAUUCAAGCGCUUUGAGUUCCUUCAAACACAUCUCCAACUCCGCACCGUGUCGCCGGCCACUGAUUUGUACGCGCCUCUGGUAGAAAUAGAGAUGGCAGAAAGGGAGGCAAAGCCGUUAGCAUAUAUAUCAGAGACUGUGUUGAAGAAAAGGAAAAGUACUGAAUCUUUGGCGCUCACGAGAAAAGCUCAGCUAGAGUUGGGAAAAUAUGGACAGAAUAACAAUAAGAAAAAGAAGGUUGAGGAUAUUAAAAGACCUGAGGAAUUUAUCAAACAGUUUAGAGCGCAGGAACUGGACCUUAUCAGAAUGAAACAGAGGGGAAAAGGGGCCAAAUCAGCUCUUGUGAAGCCAAAAUCUAAGUUGCUUUUUAUCAUACGCAUACAAGGGCAAAAUGACAUGCACCCAAAAACUAGGAAGAUCCUGUACAAACUAAGAUUGACAAAAAUCUUCAGUGGUGUCUUUGCCAUGUCUAGUGAAGGCAUAUUACAACAGCUGCAAAAGGUGGAGCCAUACGUCACUUAUGGAUACCCUAAUCUGACAAAUGUGAAGGAGUUAAUUUACAAGAAGGGAUAUGCGAAGAUAGAGAAACAAAGAAUUCCUCUGACGGAUAAUAACAUUAUUGAACAGACAUUGGGGAAAUAUGGCAUGAUUUGCAUUGAAGAUUUAAUUCAUGAGAUUGCCAAUGUUGGUCCACAUUUUAAGGAGGUGAUCAAAUUUUUGGGGCCUUUUCUACUUAGCAAACCAGAAGGAGGACUGCUGGGGAAGAAACAAAGAUUCAAGGAUGGCGGAGAGUCUGGAAACCGUGAGGAUCAAAUCAAUGAUUUAAUCAGUAAAAUGAAUUAGUAUCAAGAAUACAUGGACACUCUGAGGAUGAAAUCAAUGAUAUAAUGACGAAAAUGUCUAACAGUUAUACCUCAAAUGACCUGCAAUGUCCUGUAUUCCAAAUUUUGAAGCUAUUUUUCCAAUUUAAUUUUGCUUGCGAGUAAUAGUAAUAUCAGAAACCAUUCAUGUCA